AUGAGUGAGCGGCGUGUGGCCGGGGUGCUGCCCCACCCGCGGGCCCCCCCAGCGGACUCCCCCGCCCUGGGUGCUGACGCGGGCCUGCACAAGCCCCCACCUUCCGGCGACGCUGAUGGAGCACUCGCAGGAGAGAGUGUGCCUGUUGCUGCCGUGGCCCCCCGCACACCCACGGCCUCCCCUGGCGCCCCCGGGGGGCCCCCUGGACCCCCAAGUUCUACAGGCGUGGUGGACGACGGGCGGGAGUCGUGGGGAAAGUCCAUGGACUUCCUGCUCUCCAUCAUCGGUUUCGCUGUGGACCUGGCCAACGUGUGGCGCUUCCCCUUCCUGUGUUACCGCAACGGUGGAGGUGCCUUCCUAUUUCCCUACUUCCUGAUCACAGUCUUCGGGGCGCUGCCGCUCUUCUUCAUGGAGUUGGUGCUCGGCCAGUAUAACCGCCAGGGCCCCAUCACCGUCUGGAAAGUGUGCCCCUUGUUCAGAGGCGUUGGCUACUGCGCCGUGCUUGUGGCCUACUUCGUCAGCUUCUACUACAACGUGAUCAUCGCCUGGUCCAUUCACUUCGUCUACGCCUCCUUCAGCUACGUGCUGCCCUGGACGUCGUGCAACAACACCUGGAACACAGAUGACUGCUGGGACGGCCUCACCUCCGACGAACCAAAGCCCAACUCCACCUCCUUGAUGUCGCCCUCCGAGGAGUACUUCAAUUACGUGGUGCUACAGAUGGAUAAGAGCGAUGGGAUUGACGACCUCGGCCCGCCCCAGCCUAGCCUCGUCAUCUGCGGCCUCAUCACUUACUUCAUCCUUUACCUGUCGCUCUUCAAGGGAGUCAAAUCUUCAGGCAAGGUGGUGUGGGUGACGGCGACGAUGCCCUACGUGAUCAUGACGCUGCUUCUGAUCCGGGGGGCGCUGCUCCCUGGCGCCGCCGAUGGACUCCUCUACUACAUCAAGCCCUCCAUCUCGGCGCUCUCCAAGCCGCAGGUGUGGUACGAGGCAGCGCAACAGGUAUUCUUCUCGGUUGGCGCUGGCUUCGGCGUCCACCUGUCCUACGCCUCCUACAACAACUUCAACAACAACUGUUAUCGCGACUGUCUCAUCACCAGUCUCGUCAACGCAUUCACGAGCUUCUACUCCGGCCUCGUCAUCUUCACGUACCUUGGCUACAUGGCCUUCAAGCAGAAGACGGACAUCGGGACAGUGGCUACAGGACGACCACCCCUUUGCCUUGCAGGUCCCGGGCUGGUGUUCCAGGUCUACCCCGAGGCCGUGGCGACUCUCCCUGGCUCGCAGUUCUGGUCGUGCCUCUUCUUCCUUAUGCUGAUCUCCCUCGGGCUCGACUCUGGGAUGGGCGGGCUGGAGUGCGUGAUCACCGGUAUGAUGGAUGAGUUGCGCCUCACAUUCGGGUGGAAGACCAUUAGGAGAGAGUUCUUCACCGCCCUGGUCGUCAUGUCGUCUUUCCUGGUAUCCAUUGCCUCUCUCUCUGCGGGGGGGAUGUAUGUAUUCCAUUGGCUGGACACUUACGCCGCUGGAAUAUCGCUUCUAUGCUCAGCCCUCUUUGAAGCCGUAGCUGUGUCCUGGUUUUACGGACUGCGACGGUUUAGCGCAGACAUCCAGCACAUGCUCGGUUUUCGCCCCAUGAUCUACUGGAGGGUCUGCUGGAAGUUCGUGUCUCCACUCUUCAUCCUUAUCACGAUCGUCAUCGGGUUGCAGUCACAAGCCUCCGGAAAGCUCGAGUACCACGGCCCGAUACACUACACCUACCCUGCCUGGUCUGAGUCUGUGGGCUGGCUCAUUACCUCGACGUCCAUGUGCAUGAUUCCGCUGUGGAUGAUCAUCACUAUCUGUCGCCAACCUGGGAGUUUCCGACAGAAACUGUUGCUAAGCGUCACGCCUGAGGCCGAACACCACAAGAUUCUGGAGACAGAGGAAACUCCCCGCUUGGACUGGAAGCACUGGUUGCACGUCUGAGUUUGCAAUCUCGCCUUUGCUCACAUGUAACUACUAAAUAACACUUUCACUUACUUACAAACACAUCCACGCCUACUAGUAAUAUACGGUGGUAUACAGACGCAUUCCAACACACAAGCGCACACGUUAAUUAUUGAAAUACUAACAAGGUGACGCCAAUUUUACAUGUUAUUUUUCGGAAAUGUACUCUUAUGCUAAUAUGUUCACGAGAAACUCUGAUCACCACUUAAAUAUCUAGGAAGUAAUUAAACAUUCCAAAACAUACGUAUGCCAACCUAAUAUGCAUAAUUAUGUAAGUGGAUUCUGUCUUACUGCGAAGAAAAACGCGAUUUCCAUUACACUUGUACCAACUAGGCCAAAUCUGCCAAAUAUACUAAUAUAAUAAUAUGAGGUACAAACUUACUUAUUUUCAUCACACCUCAGUUACACAUAUUACAUUUGAUUCAAGACACUACUGAAAGUAACAAAACACAUAAUUUUUUUUUUCAUAAUUACUGGCUUUCUUCUUCAAAAAAAAUUAUAUGAACUUGAAGACCAGCCACACACAAAAAAACAUUUAACCUUAUUACCACAAGGAAAAGGUAGUUGCAAGACUCCACAGUCCAAGACACGAAUAAUGACAGUAACGUGAAAAUCAUAAUGUAUCCAUGUAGUAACAUACAGUCCCAUUAUUUGGGAUCAACAAGCUUGUUAUUUGAGUUGCAUUUGCUGUAACGAAUAAGCUUCUUGUAAAUAAUUUUAUAAAGUAGUGCUUGAUCAGCUCUGGGAAGUGUAAUGAAAAGUGGUGUGAGUAACAGCGUACUUAACUUGCGUUCUCAUUUCACAUCCACCGAUCAUCAGUUAGGUCACUCGUAACGUUAUCCUUACAGCAGCGUCUUUAUCAGAUGCUGGGUUACUAUGUCCGUGAAAAAGCUUGUCGUUCCUGUAGGCAGGGACGCGGCCACACUUUCUAGGGGAGGCCAUAACGAGGAAAGAAACUCAAUAUAUUCGGUAUAAUAAAGAAAUCAAGUGGUUUUCUACUUGCUGCAAAUAGAAGUAUGGCUUAUAAUUUAUGUCAUUCUUAUUUUUUAGUAUUGGUGACUUAGCUGACGAUCAUCUACCUCAAUAGUAUUAUCCUUAAUUACCUGAAACUGCGAAAAAUUGCCGUCAGUAACUUCUACCUUACCAGAGCAGACAGUACGCAACCAGUACAUGUUUCUCUGCGUGCCACGUGAACGCAGCCCAUUGGUCGGCCGUGUCGCCAUUGAACCAAACUAACCAAUCAGCGCGUGCCAUCAGGUGUGUGUGUGAUCAGGCAACCAGCACUGGGAUGGUCCGAGGGGGAGAGACAUCUGGUGACUGAACAGCUUGGUUGUUUCAUUGCCAUAAUUCAUAUAGACAUUAUAUUUUAUUUAUAAGUUUGUAACAUAUCCGUUUGGUAAUUAAGAUAUAUGUAGUGUCAUGUAUUUACCUAACUGCACGUAUCCUUCUCACUCAGUAUUUCACUACACUGCAGUUUCCAAAUAUCUUCAUGGAAUGUUUUUUGGAGUGUAUUUUUUGUUAUAUAUAUCAUUAGCCUCCCAUCCUGAUAUUUAAGUUUCAUAUCAUUUCAUGAAUUUACUCAAAUUUGAUUUACAUAUAUUUUAUUGAUCGCAUCCAAAUUUAUUGUCAUGUGUUGAUAGUAAUUAACACCGUAACUGGCUUAAGUUUAAUUUUGUGCCCUUUUCCUUCUUAGUUUGAAACUAAAACGCCCUAAUUUACCAACACUUCACACUAUGACUAUGACCUCGUCGACUGUCUACAUACCAGAGUUCUGUUUUGGCUGCCACAGUUCACCUCUCUAUUAAGGCAUUUUUUCCAUGUUACCACUAUUCUCGUUAUAGUCGCCUCUGUCAUUUUUAUGAAGUUUCUAAUUCUUAGUUUAAGUUGAAUAAAAGAAGCUACAGCAUAUCCUUCAAUUUUGGUAAGAUUAUUUUCAUCAAUCUGAUCAAUAUGAUCAUGCCUGACAAUAGUUUAUCAAUAAAGCUAGAAGAAUCAAAUUCAACAUAUCAUAAAAUUGCUAAGUAAUCAGAUCGGUUUGAGAACGAUCCCUUUGUGUGUUGACACCGCGUAUUUUCAUAUGUAACACACAGAAUUGCAGAGUUUGAAAGUAGAAUUCUGUAAUACACAAAAAUUUUAUAUACAGCUUCUGUCUCCCGCGCUUGAACCAUUGCUUGCACAAACUAGGUUAGGUGAAGUGUGUGUACACAGAUAAAUAAUGUCUUUGGUUUCUAGAACUGGGUAAGUAAUAUCAUUCAAGAAUCCUGAUAAAAUGAGAAUUAAGGUACAUGUCGAGCUAAUUCAAAAAGAGGCAGCUGGGUUGCAAGUAGUGUAGCAUACGUUUCAUUGAAAGUCUCAGAGUUGUAGGGUGUGUGGCCGUUAGGUGUGAGAGAGGCCCAAAUAUGCUUCUCGCUCUCUCACAACUGGCGGACAAGACCACAUCGGGACUUUUUACAAUUUUGUAGUUUCUUGAAAGAAUGAAUUAACUCUAUGGUAUGUAUAUAUUUCGCGUAUAGUGGGUAUGGAUAUAAUCGACAUUUAUUUUGAUAAAGCAUUAGAGAUUCGGAGGACAUUAAUCAUUCCCAGUGUUGUAUAUGUUUGAUGUUGUUGUUAACAUAUGUGAUUUAAGUGUUGUUACGAUGGAUAAAGACUAGUGUUCCUAUAUUACUGAUGUUAGAAGAGAGAAAUCUUUAUGAAUAGAGCUGUUAUUAUCCCGAAUUAUUCUGUAAGGUUGGGUGUACUUCUCAGUUCAUUACUGGACGAUUGUUAAUAGUUGUAGACAUACGUUUUUUAUGUGUGUACAUGCAGGCGUGUCAUUUUGACCCAGUGGCUGUAAAAUAUGCAACUUUCGUCAGCCUGUCAACAUCUUGCAUAUCAUUCUGACUGGCUGAGAGAUAGUCACCAGCCCUUUUAGCCUCGUUCCUAGAAGGAGCCGAGUUUCAAAUGUGCUUCCAAGUCUACAGGUGGACUACAGCACCUUACUGUCAGAGUUUAGUAUUUAUACAUGUGCAGACAAGCCCGAAAUAACACUACUGUCCAAUUAUGCAUAUUCUGAAAAACACGCAUAACGUAGGGAACACCAAUUAAAUAUUACAGAUAUGUUCAAUUCUACCGGUACAAAACAAGAGCUUUAGUUUCCAUAAUUUCUGUAGUUUUGUGAAUUCCUCAAACGCAAAUUAAUCAUCCCUCGUGUUUACAAUUAUAUUUUUGUUCAACCAAGCGUUGACAAAAGUAUCGCAUCAAAUUCGACUUUUUCUCUCAGCUUAUCUAAUGUGUCCUGUUUAUUGUUCCAUUAAAAACAGUAAUAGUCAGGGGUAGGCCAUUGUUCACCGGUAAAAAGUGAUCAUAUUGUGUUUCUUGUCGUGUGUUACGGGAGCAAGAGAAAGAUCUUACACAAGCAUUGUUACGUAAAAGAAAAAAAAAAUAUUUUGUGUGAGUAAAAAAAAAAAUCUUCGUGGUUCUGCAUUGUGGAUUUAUGUGGUGAGAAGGUGUAAUGUGUAGAGAUCUGUGUUAAACGUGUUCUAAACCUGUAAACGUAUGAAGGUUGUAUCCUGCUGUAAAACACACAUAUCAUGGAGUCCGGCAGUUUGUGUCCCAACGGCCCUCGUUUGCUAACCUACCAGAGCUUCCUUAGUCAUAUAGGUAAAUAAUCUUCAAGCCGUGUUUAAGUUUACAGUCUUAGGAAUCAAGCUCCUCUGCGACUCAAACGACCUCUUCACGAACAAAGAGCUGCAAAUACAUAUAUGUUGUACAUAUAUUAUGUUUUAAGGUACUCUAUGUCACAGUAUAGUGUAGUGUAACGGUGUGACACAUCCUUGUAUAACGCCAGUCAUAUGUAUGUACACCUGGAAUGUACUUAGUUCUCACCUCUGUACAUACGAAUACUAGAUUUGUCUUUUGUAUCUUCAUUUCUCUUUGAAUAUUAUGUAUCCAUGUUAAGUGUCCAAAAAAUGCAGUACAACUUACCGCUCGGAGAAUAUUGAAUUAGAGAAAGUAUAGGAUUUAGUUGUUUUGUAUGCUAUUGUUUAAUGUAUCGGAAUGUCGGAAUAAAGCGUAAUAAACGUA